AUGACGCGUAUCAAUCUCACAGAAGCCGACAACACUGAAGUAGUAGUGCUGGAAAAGAACGCCUACUUCUACCAUGUUGUGGGUGCCCCACGAGCUUACGUCGACGCAAACUUCACCAACAAGAUGUCCGUUCCGUACGACAAUGCCAUUCCCAAGAACGCCACCAAGUUUGUUCGUAUGGUGCGCGGUGUGGCCACGCAGAUCUCUGCCAACUCGAAUGAGGUGCUAUACCGAGCAAUUGACAGCAACGACAGGGAAAGUAGCGAGACGACAGCGCUGCACUUCGACUACUUGGUGCUGGCGAUGGGCAGCACUUACACCGUGCCUAUCAAGCAAGACAUCCACGACUACGCUCGGUCAGUCACGAAAGCCAAGCUCCGAGAAGUGCGAGGUCACAUCGAAUCGGCUAACAAAGUUUUGGUCGUGGAUGGAGGUGCCGUGGGCGUCGAGGUUGCUGCUGAGAUCAAGUCGAAGUUUCCCAACAAAACGGUGACGAUCCUCGACGCCAACACAAAGCUGAUCUCCGGUAGCAACCUCCGUGACAAGUUUUACGUGAAGCUGAACGCCUCACUUGCGGAGCUGGGUGUCGAGGUGAUUUUGGGAGAACGUUUGACAGAGAGACUGACCGGCAAUGGGUUCGAGAAACGCACGCUCCGGACCACCAAGGGCACUGCAAUCGAAUCGGAUAUCCAACUGCUGUGCGGUGGGUUCCACCCCGUCGCUGAGCUUGUGCAAGACAUGGACCCGCAGCUGGUGACGGAGAGAGGAGCUGUUAAGGUGAACGAGCAAUUGCAACUAGAAGGUGUGAGGUACUCAAAUAUGUUCGCUCUGGGUGAUGUGUGCAACCACCCGUCACCCAAGAUGGCGUUUAUUGCUGGUGAACAAGGGAAGUUCCUGGCGGGGGAACUGAUUGCGGUGAUCCGCAAUAAACAGCUGAGUUUCACCAAACCGUUCUUAGGUGCUGCGACGGAAGCCAUGAUUUCGCCUCUUGGCCCGAAUGGAGGGGUGACUCAGCUUCCACUGUUCGGAGGAAUUGUUAUGGGUAACUGGGUUACGAAGACGAUCAAAUCGAAGGACUAUUUCGCCGGUCAGAUUUGGUCCAGCAUCGGUGCCACUGUUCCUAAGUAA